AUGAAGAUCAUUAUUUUAUUCAUUUGCUCAUUAGCAGCAUUUAGCAUGAAAUCAUGUGAGCUUUGCAUCAAGCUUUCUCACUCCCCCCCCUUUAAAUUGAAACAAAAUAUAGGUAAAAUUCCUACUUUUUUUGGGAAAUUACCCCCCCUUUAAAUUGAAACAAAAUUUUAUUAUAAUAGAAAAUUUUAUAGGUAAAAAUCAUUAUUUUAUAUGUAAAUACGUUAAUACCCUAUUUAAUAUGCUUCAAACAUAGGGCAUUGUCAUAAAAUUAUAAUGUUAUUAAAUAUAAUUUACUCAAUUUAUUGUCUCUUUAAAUUUAUAUAAUUUUUAUUUUCUAUAAAAUUUUAUCUCUGAAAAAAUUUUUUAUAUAUAAAAUUUUUUUAUAAAAAAAUUUUCUUAACCCCCCUUUAAAUUGAAACACAAUUUUUUGUUUCAAUUUAAAGGGGAGGGAGUCAGUAUAAUUUUGAUUAUGCCCCUUUACUUGAUCAAAAUUAUUGCCAGGAUGAUUAUAAUUGCCAGCAAGCAGUCAGAGAAAUUUCUUAUCGUUAUAUGUCAGGGACAUCUGGUACUAACCCUUGCACAAGAGAUCCUUAUAAUUUUGACUGUUCGAGCUUUGGAAUUAAAGUUUGCUCCCAAAUGCUUGAUAGCUCUUGUGGGGGGUUCAGUUUUAGAGGAUCAUCUCAAUCAAGUGUUGAGCCUGGGAAUAUUUCUCAAAUUAUGACCUUAAAGGAGCAACUGAAUAGGCUAGAAAACGAAGCAAAUGAGGUCGAAAAACAAAUGCAAGGCGAAAUUUCAAGGCAGAAGCAAAAAUAUAUGAACAUCUUGGAGAGGCUAAAUGAGCUGCAAUCAGGUAUUUAA